GGAUUGUAACUGAAGGGGAAAUCAAAUCUUAGGAAACGCCGGAUAAGGCAUUGCAUGACUCAUGAUUUGAAAGACUGAGCUUGGAAUUUCCUCAAUUUUGGUUGCCAUCAUCGCCCUCUUUUCUCUUUGAGAUCCUCUUUCGGAUUCCCCAAAGAAUUCCCCUAUUUUUAAAAUAAAAAAGCCUGGAUCUUCGUUUCACACAGUCUCUGCACAUAUCUAUUCAUUUCAUUUUUAAAAUAUAAUUUCAUUUUUUAGUUGUCAGAAUUUGGUUGAGUCUCUCCUCUCACGGUCUCUAUAUACCCUUCUAAUUGCAUUUUUGUUUCUCCACAAACCAACUUAAAGAUCCUCGCUUUUUCCAUCUGGGCAUAGAAAUUUUCAAUCUUUUCCCGUUCCCCACUAGACAUAGCUUCUAUUUAUUGGUAAGAGGGUGUCUUGUGCUGUGUGAUUGCUUGUAAAUGGCCAAUGCAUCUGGGUUUUUUACACCUUCGGUUCCCAGCCUGAGGCGUCGGAUUCAGCCCCCGGCUGGCGUUUCUCGAUCUGGGUUUUCCUUAUCUGAGCGAAUCUUCAAGAGGAUGGUAUGCUCCAGUACUGUUGAAGGUGCAGAAAGGCAUGUUUCUACAUCUGAAUCGCGUCUCCCAAGGCUUGUCAGUAGAGGCUGCAAAUUAGUUGGUUGUGGCUCAGCAGUGCCAGCUCUCUCAGUUUCCAAUGAUGAUCUUGCAAAAAUAGUUGAUACUUCGGAUGAAUGGAUCUCUGUUCGCACUGGAAUUCACAAUCGGCGGGUUCUUUCAGGAAGGGAUAGCUUAACAAGUCUAGCAGUUGAAGCUGGUAGGAAAGCUCUUGAGAUGGCAGAUGUUGAUCCUGAUGAUCUUGACCUAGUUUUGUUGUGCACAUCUACACCAGAAGAUCUAUUUGGUGGUGCUCCACAGGUCCAAAGAGUGCUUGGAUGCAGAAAAACCCCUUUGGCCUAUGAUAUUACAGCUGCAUGCAGUGGAUUUGUGUUAGGACUAAUCUCGGCUGCUUGUCAUAUUCGGGGGGGUGGAUUUCAUAAUGUUUUAGUGAUUGGGGCUGAUGGUCUUUCUCGAUUUGUUGAUUGGACUGACAGAGGGUCCUGUAUUCUCUUUGGGGAUGCAGCUGGUGCAGUAGUGGUACAGGCCUGCAACAGCGAAGAGGAUGGUUUGCUUAGCUUUGACUUGCAUAGUGAUGGUGAGGGUGGAAGACAUCUCAAUGCGGUCAUGAAAGAAAAUAAAACAGAUGAUAUGUUGGGUUCUAAUGGUUCAGUGUUUGACUUCCCUUCCCAAGGUUCCUCUUAUUCCUGCAUUCAGAUGAAUGGCAAAGAAGUUUUUCGCUUUGCCGUGCGAUGUGUUCCGCAGUCAAUCGAGUCGGCCUUAGAAAAGGCAGGUCUUACUGCCUCCAGCAUCGACUGGUUGCUGCUCCAUCAGGCAAACCAGCGAAUCAUUGAUGCAGUUGCAACGCGGUUAGAAUUCCCCCAGGAACGGGUCAUAUCAAAUUUGGCAAACUAUGGAAAUACAAGUGCUGCGUCCAUUCCAUUAGCACUGGAUGAGGCCGUUAGAGGCGGGAAGGUGAAGCCAGGGCAUACCAUUGCAACUGCAGGUUUUGGUGCAGGUCUGACAUGGGGUUCUGCUAUUGUCAGAUGGGGAUGAAAACUUGCCUUUCCCUGCCAAUCAACGAUACACAACAGAGAACAGAAAAUCAUUACGACAACCAGCUCUUCAAACCUUGCUUCGUGUUCCAUAUGUAACGCAGAUGCAUAGGGAAGGUUUGGGUUGCCUACUCUUCAUGAGCUCCAUUUUGUUGAGAUUUUACAAUUUAGUUGUUGAACAUCAAAUAAGCUUUUAUUCUUUCCCUUCAAGUCCUUUACCUACCCUUUUCACAUCCUCUGUACAACCAUAAUGAGCAGCAUGAACAUUUUUCAUUCAAGUAUGAAUUCUAUA